AUGUCUACCAGAGACGGACCUGGCGUUCCUCGAAAGAAGACCACAACGUAUGGCAAGACCUCGCGUAAACGACCCAUACAUGCCUUCUUGGAGUUGACCAACGGUACACAACGCGCUGGCGAUGAGGGUGCUUCGCCUCCGUCGCUAUCUACAGAUUUAAACCGAGACCCUUACGAUCUGCCCGACGACGAGUCUAGCUACAAACCAAUACCCCGACGCGCGGUGCCGCUGCCGGACACCUUACCCGGGUCACAGUCGGACGCAACAGGGGGUUUUAAGAAGCGAAGGCUACCGCCAACCGUUGUAGCCAAGGCCGAGGGCAGGUUCGACAGCAAGGCUGCCGUCGGCUCGCAACCGACAAUGUCUUCCCGCCCUCGUCAGACUAAAUCGCCAUACAUUUCGAGCAGCGCUGCUGCUUUGCGCUCUGUUAAGCAUGAGUCGAGCCUUACAUCCAGGUCUAUGUCCGCAUCACAGAGACCUAAGAGUCGUAGGGAGGGCGAGGUGAUUCCUGCCAAAUCCCAUAACCCUGUAAGGGUUGAGGCUGCACAGAGGGAUGAUAUUGGGCUACAAAAGAGCAAUGAAAAACCUAUGCAGUCACCCAAGAUAGGGCAUCAAAUUGACGAUUCAAGCAUGUCAACCAUUGAGCCACCCGUCACAAAGCAGAGACGAUCACUCGAGCCAAGACGUGUACGCUUGAUUGACCAGCUGGCCGCCCAGAACGAGGAUAGCUCCGACUUCGAGUCAGACGCCUCGGAAUUUUCGGAUAGGGGCGUCGUAAAGACAGUCAGCAAGGAAUCCUUACUUUCGACGCCGGCCAAACCCGCAGAUUUAGCCACGCCAAAGCUGUCGGCACGGCCCAAACAGCUUUUAAGCACCAAAAAGUUCCGCUCAACAUACGGUGAGCAAAGAACGUUGAAGGCAGAUGAUUCGGGGGGAGACGGCCUCGGUAGUCAGAUGGGUUUCGACAGCCAGAUCGACCUUUCGCCACCUCCAGCAUUGUCUAAGCUGGCUUCCUUUUCAUUUGAAGAAGAGGAUUUGGAGGAAGAUGCGGCAUCUAAAGGUGGCGGCAUCAUCGACAUCCACGCGCUGAGGCAGGCUGGUGCCAACCAUCGUUUUGCAGACAGUAUGGCGGAUUUACUUGAGAGAGUUGGCACUCCUCAGCCGGCAAAGUCACAAUCGUCGCGAACGAGACGCACAGCGUUGUUGGAAUUGGCAAGCAAGCUUCGGGACAAGACAUUUGUCCGUCAGUUUCGCGAUCAAGGCGCCAAGGAUGCUCUAUUCCAGGCAAUUGGGGCUGAGGAAGACAUCAUCAAUGGUUUCAUUCUCCUUUCUGUUCUUCUCGUACUUUUCACUUCGUAUUCGGUACCUCAUCUGGUUCCGCAGCUUGAAUCUCAAGGUAUUGCGCAACUAGCUUCUAGGAUGUUUGACGAAGACGAGGAUAUUAUGGCUAUAUCUAUUCAACGGAGGUCAGGCAUCUCCAAGUAUGGACAAACAUCUCUGCGCGGUCUGAAAUCGACUUUGCAAAGCCUGGAGGUAUGGGAAACUUCCUCAUCGUUCGAUUUGUCGCCGAGAAUGCUUGCUCUCAAAGUUCUCUCUGUGCUGUGCAAAGACAGCGACGGUCCAGCUACGUGGAAUAUUCUUGCAAGCCUGACAGAUCAGCUGUUUGGGUUCGUCAAGGAAGGCUGGGAAACGAGCCGUGUGAAAGGUAUGGGGGGGACAGAAGGUGGGGUUGCCUUAUCUCUUCUUGAAGGCUACUCUAUUGCAGCAAUGCAAUCUGAGGCCGGGCCUCGGUGGACAAAACGCUAUCUUCCUGUACUUGCCGACAUUCUUACAGCGGCUAUGGCGCGGCCUAUGGCACAAUUCGGCGAGUUUGAGUCUACAACGUUAAAACUCGCCCUGAACACAACAAACAAUAACCCCACAGCAGCUGGAGCAUUUAGCAGGGGCGAGUUAUUUCGGGAGCUGGCUGCAACCAGCCUGGCAGCAUUUGAGCUUCUGGAACAAUCUGUCCGCAACGGAGCAUUUUCUACUGAGAUUUAUGAAAUGCUCAUGCUGAUGCUGGGUGUCAUGAUCAACACCUCAGAGCAUUGUCUUUCAACUCGCCAAUCUGUUGACGCGUGGCAGGAGCAUGAUGGGUCUCCGCUGGACAAAUUGAUAGAAGUGUACUUGGAUAAUCGAGAAUCAGCAGUCAUGGCCGACUCAGUGGAAAAAACAUCAGUGGCCGUAGCCCAUGGGUAUUUGGCCAUACUGCUAGGUUACCUUUCACUGGGUUCUCAGGUUCCUCAACGGUUAAAGGAGAAAAGUCAAGGAAAGGGCAUCAAGUAUCUGCUCGACUCAAUCCAAGAAUUUAUGACUCUGCAUGCGAAGGUCGAUACUGACGAACUGACAACGAGUCUGCAAAAUCUCGUUAACGAGUUGAGGCAGAAACAUAAACUAUCUUUAUGA